GCAUUCGCUCCGCAGUCGCGCUCCGAGAGCGAGCCGUGAACACGCGACCGCGGAGCGCUGCGCCGUUGUUUUUUUUCCCUCACAGCGAGCACGUUCGUCGGCCUCCGUCACGAGUCAGUGGAGUGUGGAACGUGGUUUUUGUUUGUGUUCCUUUAGGUUCCGUUCCCGUCGUCGAAAAGCUGUGACACGCGUUUGUGGUGGCGAAAUUGCGCCUGAUCGACGACGACUCGGAAGCCAGAGAAGGACCGGACCUCCUGGACAACGUUGAUCGGAACCGAAGAUGGCUGCUGUGCCAAUCGCGACGCUGCUGAUGGCGCGAUCGUCACCGGUGACGCGGUGACCGGGCGGACGUCUUCGCCGAUCAGGCACCAGGAAGAAACCGGGAACAUCUGCUUAGAUUACUGUUGUCUUUUCGUUUGUGUUGAGUGCCACCGUCGCCGUCUAGCUCGCGUAGUGUGGGUGCAGACCAGGAGCCAAAAACGUCACGCGCAAUCGGAACCUGCGAGGAAGAGGGCAAAGGACUGCGACACCAGAUGUCCUAAGGAGAAGAGUGGGCCGGCUCGCUCUUUCGUGACACCCGCGAAGCCAUUUUCGGCUACCACGGCCCCGGACCGCUGUCCUGGGCUAACCACCAAAGGAAGACUCGUCCGAUAGUCGGCGCCAAGGGGGCGACCGACACCCGUACUUUCGCGACGCCGUCCGUUCAGGAUUACUACCUCGGCGACGUCGGCCGCAGCAGCCUCACCACGCUGAACUUCACGGACUUCUCGGCCGCCUACCCGACUUCCAUGUCGGGGGUGGUGGCCGACCCCCUGGACCCGGACAAGUCGGCCUUCAUGGAACUGCAAGGACAGGCGGCGCCCGCUCCGCACCAGCCGUACCCUCUGCGCGCCCCAGGCUACCAGCCGCCCGGUGCGCAGGGACACGACGGCCCACCGGGGUUCCAGACGCAGGGUCCGCCCAGGGCUCCCCUGGGCGCGUACCCGUUUCCGGGCAUCAACAACGGACCCCUGCACAACUCGUACGGCGGGCACCCGACGCAUCCGUACCUGAGCUCGUACCCCGGUGGGCCCUGUGGACCGUGUCCUUCACCACCGAGGGACGACAAGUCCCAGCUGGAAGAUACGCUGAGGGUGAACGGCAAGGGAAAGAAGAUGCGCAAGCCCCGCACCAUCUACUCUAGCCUCCAGCUUCAGCAGCUCAACAGGAGGUUCCAGCGAACCCAGUACCUCGCCCUGCCAGAGCGCGCCGAGCUCGCCGCCUCCCUGGGACUCACGCAGACGCAGGUCAAGAUCUGGUUCCAAAACAGGCGCUCCAAAUACAAGAAGAUGCUCAAGGCUCAGCAGCAAGGCGGCACCGGAGGGGGAGGCGGCGGAGGAGGCGGUGGAGGGGGCGGCGGCACGCCCACCACUCCGGGCAGCGUGGGUACCCCCCAGCCUCAAAACCAGGGUCCGCACACGCCCAACCCGCCUGGUACCCCGGGCCCGCCGUCGCUGGGGCCACCAAACUCCGCGGGCACCCCGCAGUCGCCCAGCGAACCGUCUCCCGGACCUCAGAGCCCUCCCACGAGUCACCACCAUCACCAUCCCCAACACCAGCAGCCACCGUCGCUGCCUCCGCAUCACCCGUCGCAUCCGCAUCACCCUCAUCACCUGCCGCACGGAGCCAGCCUCACACCACCCGCCAUGUCGCCGCCGCUCGGCUCGUGGGAGAUGUCGCCUGCGGCGGCCAAGGCCGUCGCCAUGUCCAGCUACAUGCCUCAGUACACGUGGUAUCACCAGACGGACCCUUCCAUGAACCAACAAAUCCUCACUUAGCGCCACUCGUCGCGGACGUGUUGUUUCCUUACUGUUAUUUUUUUUUUUCGUUCUCCCGCUUUCGUGUGCGUGCGUCUGCGUGGCUGUGUGUAUGAUGUGUGUAAUCGUGCGCAUGCCCGGUUGCGUGGGAACGUUGCACCAACUGGCGCGUGCGCACCUUCGUCUGCGGUGGGUGAGGACGUGGUGCGGGAAAGAACUGUGUGCGCCAGCGCUCCUAGCCUUGUACAACGUGGGCUGUACUUGUGGCGCAAGUCGCCUCGAUGCUUGUGUGUCACGGUCGGCAGCAGUGUAUACUUAAGGCAGCCUUCGGUUGGCUGGUAUUCGACAAGCCAGACUUUCAAUGGACCCAUAAGCAUGCGUGAUAGAGCAUUCGCUGCUUUAGAGCUGAGGGUAUAAUGUCAAAUUAAAAAGCGUGGACGCGCAAGCAGUCGCUAGAUGCUGUGUCACCGUGAUGUCUAAGAACAGUUGCCUGUUGAGGAAAAAGAAAUAUAAUGUGAAAUAUAUGCUUCAAAACGCCCACAUCAGCCCAGCGAGCAAUGCAAAGCAGAUUAUUGUAUUUGCCAAGUAGCGAGGGGUGGCUUGCGAUUGCAAACUGCCUUGUGUCCACUGCUUGUAGGCUUGCUCCUGGUCAGUGUGUGCUCACAACAUCCUCAACAGCAUCUAUUCUUUCCCAUGACCCCACAAUCCAUUCGCACAAGUAUUGGAUGCUUUUAAGGUCUCUAUGAACGCCAGCACAGGAGCAACCUGAGUUCAUUCUUCUGCAAAUUGUUUGGGUUAAAGUAGUUCAGUAUGUAGUGAUAUCAGGCCCCUGAAAAUGGCCUGAUACGGCCAGAGUCGUGUAUAAUUGUCCACUGCCUUUACAGAACUGGCUGUAUGUGUCACGUGACUUCGACUCCGCUCGGCGUGCGACUGCGUGCGCGUUCUUGUUUGCUUGUGGCGUUGUGUGUGAAGGCUCACGAGUUUGGAUUUUGAAAAUGGUACACCGGACUUUGACUGUGGUUGCGCGUACCAGGGACUAUUGCCAGAACAUUGAAUGACCGUUGCGUGUAGUGUGGACUGUUUUACUUCUUUAAGUGCAGAAAACAUUCAAACAAAUGGGAGUUUGUGCGUGUGCGAAGAAUGCUGGAUAGUGCAUCGAAGAAAAAAUAACCGUGCAACAGGGUUGCCGUUGCUACAUCCUUAUAUGAGCCCUGCUUCUAAACCACCUGAAUAGUUUCUUUUCGCGUCGGCAUUGCGUCACUGCGGUCGCCAUCUGUGCGCAGCUUUCGAAGCAGGCUUUAUUGUGCCCAAUUUCGCAGCGUUCAUUUUAUUGAUACUACAUGACAACACAAAACAUGUGGUAUUUCAGACGCUGAUGAGUGGUCUGUGACGACCGUGGAUGGAGGCGUGACAAUAAGCGUCACGUUUUUUUACACUCAACGCCAUGCAAAACCUAAAGUUAAAUCAAACAAGCCGGCACACAUUGACCGCUCCACACCUUGUGGAGUACAGAAAGUGGCAUUGUGUGCUGGGUAUAUAUGGCAAAACAAAACGCUUGUUGCAUAUCCUACAUGCACCGAAGUGAACCUUACAACCCGACAAGCCCAUUCUAUUUGUGCGUUUACAUAUCUUCUCUGCUCAAUCGUAUUUAUUCGGCUUCGAUAUUCCAUAAAAAAUUGUGGGGUUUCCCCUGCAUAAGCAACAAUAUGUUCACUAUUAGUUGCUUGUGACGUCAUCCCUGUUGCACAGGUCUUUGACCUUAUUGAUGCAUCCAGUAUUCUUGCCGAAAAAUUGUGAUGUGGCUUCAGCUUUAACAGCUGACUGCAAUGAGGUAUGUAGGAAGUUUGCAAAGGUAAAUCUCAUAAUGCAUGGUCCUGCUUCUGAGUGAAGUCAUCGACGGCCAUCUCUCCAUCUGGUUACUGACAUUUGGCCAACCGGAACUACAGAUGGCGUCAUGAGCGCCACGUUCGCGAAUGGUGCGUUUCUCGCUGUGACGAUUUGAAUUAGAAAAGUCUUUAUUCGGUUUUGCUCAUGUCUCAGUGACACGGUUUCCGUGACGUCUUCUGCGGAAAGCCACCUAUAUGUGAAGGUGCAAGCUCAUCUAACCAAAUCAGCAGCAAAAAAAUACAAAUCUGAUACUAUAAUGGAAAGAAAAGUUGCUGUCAAGCAAUGAGCUGCACGUUACAGUGCUUUAUUAUGACUUCGUCUUGUGAGGAACAGAUUCCUAACAGGUAAAUCCAACAGAAACAUGCAUCAGAAACCCUUCCUCACUUAUUUGGUACGGUUACGUUUGCACUGUCUCGUGCAUGAGCAAGAGCUGAUGUCGCCACGUAUCGCGAAUAGGAUGUUGAAGGAAAAUGUCUCGUACAAGCCGGAUGAAACGUGUAAGAGAGUAUUUAAUUUCCGCCGUAAUACUUGAAGGAAAAAAGAAAACUUCACGAAUGGGAUCUGUUGACCUUGUGUUAUUACUUCUGACCUCACGUAUGUCGUGGUCAUCCACGCAUUGUACAUAGAUAUAUAAUAAGAGUGCCGCGUGGAAGUUCAUCUUCGAUCAUUGUACAUGAAAGAGGCCAGAUACGUGUCAUGCGUGAAUACAAGCGCCCGACAUGUUAGUAAUCAGUGACAGCUGCCUCGUUGGUGCAGCCUUUGCGUCUCAGAUGCAGCCUCGGAUCCUUGGCCUAACUUUGAAAUCCGUUUUAAAGAUAUCAGUGCGUUUAUUACAUAACUCCUGAUCAUUUCGCUCCGGUAUAUUCGCAACUGAAAUGGUCGUUCGUGCUAAAUAUGAGUGCUUCAUUUCUCAUCACUAUACGAUUAGGCAAGAUUUCCUUGUGAAUGAACUCCCGAAAAACCCUUCAUGCAAUUAUUAGAGUAGAAACUAGAUAUCAGUGUUUCUCGCCGACAUCAACGGGUGAUAAUGAUUAUACCAAUUACCGCAUAUAACGAUAGCACAUCGGUGUCAGAAGCUACUUCAUUGACUAGCCAUGUUUUACUGCAUAAGGAGACAGGAGAAAAGUGUGGAUUGUACAUUCAGAGCAACUAAAUAUCGCAACGUCAGCAAAGUUACGUACCGCUGGGACCCCGCUUUUAUCGGGAACGUAGAUGAAUCUGGUGUCAGACCGAUCGGUGUUCAGAUAAGAAUUAAGCAUCCAUAGCGCUGGCAGCCAGAUCUGCUCUUACUACUUACCUUUGCGCAUGUCUAAAAGUUACGAGAAGAUGUAUUGAGACUGGCGAGGCAAUGGUCCAACCAUAUAUGUCUUUAAUCUGCAUAGUGACCAGUCCAGCUGCUAUGCUAUAGUGAACACGUUUUUAGACUGGCACAUAUAAGGCGCUGUGCAGAAGCUGCGCUGUAACUACUACUUCCUGGAAAGAAAGAAAUUACCAUCUUAGGAAAAGUGCAAAUGUUCCAAUGCAUGACUGCAGAAUUGCACCUGGGCGCUAGUCCAGAGCUGCGGCACUCGGUGUAUGAACGGGGGCAAUAAGUACCACCAGAGAAAGGAAUAAUUGACAACCACCCGUCUUUAGCACGAAACCACGAGAAAAUCCAUACGGAUUCCUCAGAAAGGAAAGCUUCUAGUUCAAGAACACUUUGUCCUGGUCCGGGGAUCGAACCUGGGACCAACGCCUUUCUGGGACUGUCGCUCUACCAACUGAGCUAACUAGAAAACGAGCAAUCGGCACCGCGAGGGCGAAUUAGUAACCGACGGGUGGUUGUCAUCUCUUCCAUAACCCUUCCGCCACCUUGAGAACUGCAGGACUUAUUUGCGAAAUACCGGUGUGCAUGGCUAGGGGAAAGAUCGAAGGCUGCUACCGACAAGGACUACCAGACAAGUGUCCUGGGCAACUUUGUCACUGAGUCUUGACACCACGGGCGCUUGAUUCACAUAGGAUAUAUGUGUCUGUGUGCUCGUGUGGAUGGAAAAGUGUGUCUGUGCGACGUGUGCGGUGCGUGUUCUGUGAACGGAUACAUACAAUGCGCCGCAGCUGGCUUGGCAGGCCUCUGUCGCCGUUGUGGCUGCCAGCCUUUGUAUAUUAUUUUGGGAAGAAAGAGAAAAAAAAAUCAUGAACUGUGUCGAAGAGAGUGAUAUAAGAGAAAAAUAAAUAAAUGUCGCUCAGUUGUACAUAAACCUUCA